UCAUGUUGCGUUUCUCUGCUGCAGUUUGUUACAGAUGGAGGUCCGGCUGGCCGACAAUCUGAAGACGCUGCUCUUCCUGAUCGUCCUGCUCUCCCCCGGUUCAAUUGAAUAUGACCUGUUCUUCAACUUCUGUGGUACCUGGCGUCAUGGCAACGGCCCGCUCCGGCUGGAGGUCAAGCUCACGCCGGGCUGCAGAGGGCUCUCCUUCGCCGCCAACGAGAGCGUCCUGUCGGUCCGCGGGCGGCUGACGGCCGAGUGCAACACGGACAAAGUGAUCGAGCUACACGAGUUCGGACUCCACCCGGAAAAGGACGUCGGCUUCUGCGUUUACUGGGAGCCGUUGCUGGACCAGUUCAAGAUGGAGGUGGGGGGCAGGAACCUGACGCUGUGCUACCCCGCCGUCCCGCUGGACUCUUGCUGCACCGACCUGACCACCGGCGCCAACGCGCCGGCGGGAACCUUCGGCAUCUUCAACGCCACGAUCAUGGAUGAUUUCAUCACCACCAAGACUCGGACCGCCUUCCGGUUCAGAGCCGACGCCAUGGGCUGCAAGUCUCUGUGUGACCAGGCGGACCAGGAUUACCUGCGCAGCUUGCUGUUCUCCAGCGGCCCCAGCGGCCCCAGACUGUCCUGCGGUCACAGAUCCACCAUGGAGAUGGAGGACGGCUUCGGAGGCUACAAUGUCUCCUCGCCCGCCAGGCCGGGCUCGGGUUCUGGUUCUGGUUCGGCGGUCCGGGUCUUCGUCCCCCCGGCUCUGAGGAGGAGCUCCAACAGCAGCAGGGUGGUGUUCACCUUCUUCAACGGCAACCCGCUGUUCCAGGACGGCCUCCAGAACCUCCAGAACCUCCAGCUCCUCCAGGACGUGGUUGACAUCACUGUGGAGAACCAGGUCGUCACUAAUCUGUCGGAGCCGGUGAAGAUCGGCUUCCACCACAACGCCAUUCCGGACCAGAACCGGAGGUCCUGCGUGUCCUGGGACGUCCACCGAGACCCGUUGCAGGUGCGCUGGCUAGCUGACGGCUGCGCUACGCUAGCGCGGGGCGACGCCCACACCGAGUGCCUCUGCGACCACCUGACCUACUUCGCCGUGCUGGUGGACCUGAAGCCCCGCCCCCUGCGCCACCUGCUAGCGCUCACCUGCAUCAGCUUGGCCGGCUGCGCCGUGUCCUUCGUCAGCUGCGUGGCGCUGCUCGUCUUCUUCGCCAGGAAACGGAGACGCCCCGCCAACAAUUCCAACAAGUCCCUCCCAGCUCACGUGGGCUUGGCCGCCUCCCUGGCGCUGCUCAGCCUGCUGUUCUUCCUGACGGGGGUGAUAGCUAACGCGGGCCGCGAGGCCGCCUGCGCCUGGGCGGCGCCGCUGCUGCACUACGCGCUGCUCAGCGCCUUCGCCUGGAUGGGGGUGGAGGUGUUCCACAUCUUCUGGCUGAUGUAUGUGGACACCUUCGGCCUCCCCCCGCCCUACGUCUGGAUCCUGGCGGGCUUCGUUCUCCCGGUGCUUCCUGUCGGCGUCCUGGUGGCGGUGGGUGACGUGUACGGGCUGAGGGAGCUGGAGCAGGAAGGGACCCGGGACACCUACCUCAUGUGCUGGAUGAAGCUGAACCCCAAGGCCCGGCUGGCCCACUACUUCACCAACCUGACGCUGCUGGCCGUCCUGGUGCUGGCCGGGUCCGUGGUUCUGGUCUUCGUGUACCUGAAGAUUCGGAACCGGGCCGAGUGGAGGCAGAACCGGGUCAUGGUGCUCAGCAUGUGGGGGUUCAUCCUCCUGUUCGGGACGUCCUGGGGUCUGGCCUUCCUGGAUUUCGGCCCGCUAUCCGACUUUGUCCUCUUCCUCUUCUGCUUCCUCAACUCCUUCCAAGGGUUCUUCCUGAUGAUCCAGUUCUGCCUGCUGGACUGGAUGAAGAGGCGCUCGGACCGUGGCAGCUCCAGCACCAGCACCAGGAACACCUACUGAUGCUUUUGACAGCAAACAAGCACACACCCCCCCCAGACCCCUCAGACCUGAGACCCGAGACCUAAGACCCCGUGGUCCUGGUACCUUGUGGUCCCGGUACCUCGUGGUCCUGGUACCCCGUGGUCCCGGUACCCCGUGGUUUUUGUACCUCGUGGUCCCGGUACCUCUUUAUCCCGGUACCCCGUGGUUUUUGUACCUCGUGGUCCCGGUACCUCGUGGUCCCGGUACCCUGUGGUCCCGGUACCCCGUGGUUUUUGUACCUCGUGGUCCCGGUACCUCGUUAUCCUGGUACCCCGUGGUCCUGGUACCUCGUGGUCCCG